AUGGCACCACCCCAGCCAAUCAUUCCCCACACCGCUCUAGGGCGACUUGCUAAUUCGCUGGCUGGUCAUCGCCUUUCAACUUCAUCAUCAACUACCUAUCCUUCAACCAUCUUUCGGGCAACCAUAUUUUCUGCAUCAGGAGCCGGAAAUAUACAUCAAUCAGGAUAGUCCAUAUCAAGCCGCAAAAACAAGAUUUCGAGGCAAUCGCGACUAUCUAUAUUUGGACUUUCCUUCUGCUCUCCUGGUAGUUCGAGUUUCCGCGCAUUGGCACAAGUGAAUUAUCGCGACUUACACCGCGGGAACCCGCAUCAACCCCCUUGCAAUACUUCCAGCUAUCCAUCACCAUAUAUUCUCCACCAUUACAGCCUCUCUCCAUACAACCAGAGUCCUCGGCCUUGCAUCGCGCUUCUCUUCUCUAGACCCCACAUACACCAAACCAACCUGACUGCACAAUGGCAAGCGCACCCACCGAGAACGAGCAGCUCCCAUCGGGCAGCGCCCCCCAGAACGAGCCAGAGCAACAUCCCAUACCGGUGGAGGCCAAGUUACCGAGCAAGAAAGACACAUCGCUAAAAGAAUUCCUGGCCAAGAUGGAUGACUACGCGCCCAUUAUCCCAGAUGCCGUAACAAACUACUACAUGACAAAGGCCGGGCUCCCACCACCACCGCACACGGACCCGCGUCUCGCGCGCCUAAUCGCACUCGCGGUACAAAAGUUCGUCGCCGAUGUCGCCGCCGACGCCUACCAGUACAGCAGGAUCCGGGCCUCGAACACAAGCGCCAACAACCCCAUGGGUAACCUCGGCGCAGCCGCCGGCAUCGCAGUCCCAGGCCAGGCUCCCGCGGGCGGGAAAGACCAGGGCCGAGGAGGGCCACUAGGUAUCCAGAGGGCGGGUUACGGUGGCGGCGGCCAAGGCGGCAGCCAGAACCGCACCGUCCUCACCAUGGAGGAUCUCGGCAUGGCGGUCGGCGAGUACGGCGUCAACGUCAAGCGCAGCGAGUUCUACCGGUAGGAGAAACCGGGUCUACCAUGCCUUGUAUUACUGGGUUCUAUACCGGGAGUUUUUCAUAUAUCAAGCCCCAGGGAACUUGCCGCUUUUGCAAAACCCGAAGCGCAGCAUUUAGUUAUUUAUAGAGGGCAUGCAUGCUCAGACGCGAAUUAGAAAUGGGGGCGUACGGCGUUCAGGACUUUAUAAUGAGCAUCACUUCAGUUUUCAAAGCGGGCUGGCUAGCAUGAUUAGUCGGGGCCCGUUCUCCUUUUUGUUCUGGAAGGCGGGGAUUACCUACCUCCUCCACGAAUAUUUCCGUGUAUAAAAUCAUAGAUAGGAUGAAAGCCUUUUUUUAUCCUUUCGUGAACGUCAUUUACGAGUUAAAAAGGGCCAAGA